AUGCCUGCCUUUCUGAAAUAUAUUGAUAUGGAAAAUUUUAAGUCUUACCGCGGUCAUCAUCGAAUAGGGCCGCUGAAAUCUUUUACUGCCGUCGUUGGACCGAAUGGAUCAGGAAAAUCAAAUUUUAUGGAUGCAGUGAGUUUUGUAAUGGGUGAAAAAACAUCUCUGCUGCGAGUGAAGCGGCUCAGUGAUUUAAUCCAUGGCGCUUCGAUAAAUAAGCCUGUGUCUAGAAGUGCUUCUGUGACAGCCACAUUUAUAUUGGAAGAUAUGACUGAGAAACAAUUUCAGCGGUCUGUCAUUGGUCAGUCAUCAGAUCACAAGAUAGAUGGGCAGUCAGUGUCAGUGAGCCAUUACCUUAGUGAACUGGAGAAGUUGGGCAUCAAUGUGAAGGCAAAGAAUUUCUUGGUUUUCCAAGGGGCAGUCGAGUCAAUUGCUAUGAAGAACCCUAAGGAGAGAACUGCUCUGUUUGAAGAAAUUAGUGGUUCUGGAGUUUUAAAAGAACAGUAUGAAGCAUGCCGUGCAGAAGUAAAUAGAGCCGAUGAAGAAGCUCAAUUCUCAUAUCAGAAAAAGAAAGGAGUCGCAGCUGAGAGGAAAGAAGCAAAAUUUGAAAAAGAGGAAGCUGAAAAGUACACACGCCUAAAACAGGAGCUGCAAGAGCAAAAGGUGGAACUACAGCUAUUCCAUCUGUAUCACAAUGAGAGGGAAAUACAAUCGCAUGAAGAAGAUUUACAGCACAAACAAAAUGAAUUGACAAAGAUUGAAAAGAAGCGGCAGAAGGCAGAAGAUGCUCUUAAAGAGAAAAAGAAAGAAGCCGGCACUGUGCAAAGAGAGCUUGCUAAGAUAGAACAGGAUAUCAGGGAAGUGGAAGCUGAAGUGUCUAAAAAGCGGCCAACCUUCAUCAAAGCAAAGGAACGUGUUACACAUACUCAAAAAAAGUUGGAAAGUGCUCUUAAAACUCUGGAACAGGCCCGCAAGGCCCAUGAGGCUCAUCAGACUGACAUAAGGAAACUUGAGGAUGAGCUGCGUCAAGUGGAAGAGCAGAAAGCAGCUUGGGAACAAACAAUUCUAGGAACUGGGCACACCGGGAGGGCAGAUGUACAUCUAGAAGAGGCACAAAUCCGCGAGUACGAGGAGCUGAAGAUGGAGGCGUCGCGGCAGGCGGCACGCUACCUGCAGGAGCUGGACUCCGUGAACAGGGAGCAGAAGGCCGACCAGGACCGGCUCGACAACGAGAUGCGGCGCAAGGGCGAAGUGGAAAACAAGCAUCGACAGAAGGGCCACGAAAGAAACGAAGCAAUGAAGAGAGUGGAAAAGCUGAACGAGCACAUCAAGAGCUCGGAGCAGGCGCUGGAGGAGCAGAGGCGGCUGCGGGCGGAGCUGCAGGCGGACGUGGGCGAGUGCCGCGGGCGGGCGGCCGAGCUGCAGGCGCAGCUGGAGGAGGUGGCGGCGCAGCUGGGCGACGCGCGCGUCGACAAGCACGAGGAGGCGCGCCGCCGCAAGAAGCAGGAGAUCGUCGAGAGCUUCAAGCGCGAGAUCCCCGGCGUCUACGACCGCAUGAUCAACAUGUGCCAGCCCACGCACAAGCGCUACAACGUGGCCAUCACCAAGGUGCUCGGCAAGUACAUGGAGGCCAUCGUGGUGGACACCGAGAAGACGGCGCGCCGCUGCAUCCAGGUGCUCAAGGAGCGCAUGCUGGAGCCCGAGACCUUCCUGCCGCUCGACUACAUCCAGGCCAAGCCGCUGCGCGAGCGCCUGCGCGACAUCCGCGAGCCGAAGAACGUGAAGCUGCUGUUCGACGUGCUGCGCUUCGAGCCGCCGGCCAUCCACCGCGCCGUGCUGUUCGUCACCAACAACGCGCUCGUCUGCGAGACGCCCGAGGACGCCUCGCGCGUCGCCUACGACCUCGACCGCACCAAGAACAGCCGCUACGACGCGUUGGCUUUAGACGGGACGUUCUACCAGAAGUCGGGCAUCAUCUCCGGCGGCUCCUUGGACCUGGCGCGCAAAGCCAAGCGCUGGGACGAAAAGCAUCUCUCGCAACUUAAAGCGAAGAAGGAGAAGCUGACCGAGGAGCUGCGCGAGUCGAUGAAGAAGUCGCGCAAGGAGUCGGAGCUGACGACGGUGGACUCGCAGAUCCGCGGCCUCGAGUCGCGGCUCAAGUACGCGCUCACCGACCGCGACGCCACGCUGAAACAAAUAAAAGCAUUAGAUGCUGAAUUAGCAGAGUUAGAGAGAAAGAUUGAUAUGUUUGGGCCGCAAGUGGAGGAGAUCGAGCGCACGAUCCGCGCGCGCGACGCCAAGAUCCAGGAGGUGAAGGAGAACAUGAACAACGUCGAGGACGUCGUCUUCCGCGGCUUCUGCAGGGACAUCGGCGUCGCCAACAUACGGCAGUACGAGGAGCGGGAGCUGCGCGCGCAGCAGGAGCGCGCCAAGCGGCGCAUGGAGUUCGAGGCGCAGAUGGACCGCAUCGCGUCCAACCUCGAGUUCGAGAGGUCGCGCGACACGCAGAAGAACGUGACGCGCUGGGAGCGCACCGUGCAGGAUGCGGAGGACGAGCUGGAGGCGGGGCGCCAGGCCGAGGCCAAGCAGCGGCAGGACAUCGACCGCGAGCUGCGCCGCGUCGACGCGCUCAAGGCCGACCGCUCCGAGGCCAAGCAGCGCCAGCAGCGCGCCGACGACGACGUCGCCGCCGCGCGGAAGGAUGUCGCCAACAUCCAGAAAGAGAUCCAGGCGGUCCAGAAACAGAUUGCGAACCUCGAGUCGCGCAUAGAAAGCAAGCGCAGCGACCGGCACAACAUACUUCGCCAAUGCAAGAUCGACGACAUCAUAAUUCCCCUGCUCGAGGGCAGCCUGGACGACACCGCCGACGGAGAGUCCGAGCAGUCCUCGAUGUCCACCACGCAGCAGUACCGGCGCGACUCCAGGAUCCGCGUGGACUACCGCUCGUUACCGGAUUCCCUAAAAGAGCUGGAGGAGUCCGACGAGAUAAAGCGUAAGGCUGACAAGCUGCAGAAGGCCAUCAACUCUUUACAGAACACCGUGGACAAGAUACAGGCACCCAACAUGCGGGCGAUGCAAAAGUUAAACGAAGUGAGGGAGAAAGUAAACGCGACUAACGAGGCGUUCGUGGCGGCGCGGAAACGGGCACACAAGGCCAAACUGGCCUUCGAAAAGGUUAAAAAAGAGCGACACGACAAAUUCAUAGACUGCUUCGAGCAUGUUGCCAAUGAAAUAGACGCCAUUUACAAGGCGUUGGCGAUGAACCAGUCGGCGCAGGCGUUCCUCGGCCCCGAGAACCCGGAGGAGCCCUACCUGGACGGCAUCAACUACAACUGCGUGGCGCCCGGGAAGCGGUUCCAGCCCAUGUCCAACCUCUCCGGUGGGGAGAAGACCGUGGCCGCCUUGGCGCUGCUUUUCGCCAUACACAGCUACCAGCCGGCGCCGUUCUUCCUUCUGGACGAGAUCGACGCCGCCCUGGACAACACCAACAUCGGCAAGGUGGCCUCCUACAUCCGCUCCAAGAAGGGCAGCCUGCAGACCAUCGUCAUCUCGCUCAAGGAGGAGUUCUACGGUUGCGCGGACGCCCUCAUCGGCAUCUGCUCCGAGCCGGCGGAUUGUCUGGUCAGCGACGUGUACACGCUAAGCCUGGAGCAGUACGAUGAC